UGCGAAGGACUUGAACGUGAGGCAAUGGAACGGAUCUGAGCUACGUAUUACUCCUUCACCUAGACCCGUGUUCAUCGUCUAAUACUGAAGUGGUGGUCCUUGUCAAACUGCUGCAUACUUGACGUUUUGACAGCAAUAGUCAGUAUCUUGUGGGGUUUAACUGAAGCAGUUCCUGCUGAGGAAAGCAUCAAAAUGAUGGACAAACUAAUGAGAAGCCUGAGACCGAGGAGAGUUGCGGUGACGGCAACUGCGCCAGUGGCGCGGCGGGAGCGCGUAGAGAGGCUUUUGAUGGGUGUAGUCAUGAUAGGGAGUGUUGUGCAGCUGGUUGCCGGUAACUCCUACGACCAGUCUCAAAAACUGACAGCAUGUGACACUGGGGUACACAAUUGCUACCAAACGCGGCAGAUUGCGCCCAACAUGUGGGGCCUGAUCGUGACGCUCGUGAGUUUGACGACUGAUGCUUGGGGAUUUGCAUCAUCUUCGGAGUUUGCCUGGCGGCUACUUCUCGUUUUCGUCGCGGGGCCGAUCAUGCCUGUGUGGAGCUUAAUUGAAGUGCUUGGUAAAGCUUUCGUAGGUAUGACAUUGACAAGUAAACUUGGGAGAUCCACACUAACAGUUGCCAAGAGCAAUUCUGCGAACAUCAUCGCACAAUGCGAUGUGCUUUUAGGUAUGAGUGAAGACGCUGCAACAAGGUUUCCCUUGAUGCACACGGAACAAAACUACACCAUCGACGUUUUGUUAACUCCGCUUGAGGUCGGCAAUCGGCGUGAGAGUGAGGCAUUGGUCUUGCUCAAUGACCGCGGCAAGGAGGCCCUUCUGCGAUCCAAUGUUCUGCCAAAAUAUGAGCAGUUGCGCUUCUUGCAAGGUUACAGCGGGCUCGCCAUCGCUGUCUCAGCCGCCCAAGCCACAGGCUACAUUUUUGGGGUCAUUUCUCGCGCUAGUCAAGCUUUGAAUGUGACCCCCAUCGAGAGAAUUUGCAUGGCGUUGAGCUUCAUUGUUUUAGUGAAAGCUGGCUUGUACACAAUCGCCAGCAGCUGUCACCACCCGCUGCUUCUGCAUGUUCCACCCGAGCACGAAGAGAGCGUCCUCGAGGCCUGCAAAGACACCAAGUAUGACGAACGUGACGAACUAAUUGUGGAGCUCAAGACUCUCCUGUGCACAGAGCUUGUGUUCGCCCUUCUUCUCAGCCUUUCCAUUGUUGCGAUUUGGCACAUCAUUCAGGUGACGUUUUUCGACUCCCUGCCGAGUUUCUUCUUCGCCAUCGGCCUCUUUCUACAGAUGAUCAUUGCGCUUCUCAUGUUCGGCAAGUCUGUCCGCAUUCCAAGCAUGCUACGCACGAAGUUUUGUUCCAUCUCCAUCGUCGCUCUCUGUUCUGUGGUGAAUGUCGCGGCCUACUCGCUCGCCGUGGUUGCCACCGUCAAAAACUGGCACGCGAGCGGAUUCAGCUUCCAAAGCCACCUUUCGAGCUCUUUGCCCCACAUUGGCUGACAUCUCAAUUCGAUCUGUACCGGACUAAACGGACUCAAACUCUCCUCAGCAACUUCGAUUUCGUCUCCAAUCAUGUGUCAUGAUAGGCAAUGCCGUCCCUUGCAAAACAAUCAAAUUUGAGCGUAAAAGAUCAGCACAACUGCAACCUCAGAAUUCGAUUCUCCGUCUAAGCUUGGAAAAGGCGCAAUGAUCCUAGUAGAAAAUAUUGAAGUGAAGCGCAGUACUGCAUGCUGAUAAUGAACAGAGCAUGGUUAGUAGCUCCAAAAUUUCCGUAUGCAAUGUCGUUUGUACUCAUUCCUGACCUGCGGCAUGAAUGACACAUCAUGUGCUCGCCUUUGGGAUCAGAUCUAGCUACUUCCACUUCAGAGAGCUCUCUUCCUGAAUGGCUUCGAGAAUCCCAACCCAAGUUUUACAUGUAAGACACCCCCCGAUUCUUUGUACGCAA